AUGUACUCACAUAUUCAAGCUGAAGGCACUUCGGUAACGAUUGCUCAUUGCAAGGCACAGAACCUGCCAGUUGUCGAUCGCAUACUUGAGCCUCAAACCAUCCCACAUUUCCUUCAAUUUGCGCUCGGUGAGCCCCUACCCAACGGUAGCCAACCCAACAUCGAGCGCCUGUCCGUAGAGGAAGCGUCCUUCCUCCAACAUGAUCAAAACUUCCCCCCGGGCACCAAUGGCGAGCCCAUAGUGACCAGUGUUAUGGCCCGCAUUGGAUCCGACCGAGAUUCAAGCCGACUCUGCAUGGUCGGAAAGAACAUCCAAUCCCUCAAGUCCCGUCUAUGGGAGGGCAUCAUCCCCUUGAGCGACCAGCUAUGGCAGGAAAAAGGCCUCGACCGGCCAGAACAUUUCGAUUUCGCAUGUCAGCAUCUAUCGGCCGUGAUCGCCGUGUUCCAGUAUUUGAAUGUACCAACCGUGCGAUUGUAUCUUCGCGACACGUUCAAUUACAUCUACGACCAUUGGACGGCCCUCGACACUGUUCUCAACAAGCGGAGAGCAGAGCAAGGUAAAGAGCGCGUUAGUGUGGCGGGUCUCUGGACAAGGUACAUGACUGCGCAUUUCGAGAUGAUGACCGAGCGUGCCCAUAGAUGGGUUACCGUGCAUGCCAAUGCACUGCAAGCUCCAUUGCUGCGAGCUCUCUUGCAGUAUCGGCCACCUGGGGAUGAUGGCGGCCCGUUACACGAGCCUGAUGCUGUGCAGUGGAAAAUUACUGAUUCGCUGCACAUGCUGACUGAAAUCAUCGGCAAUGCGGAUUUCACCAUCAUGAUCCCCAUGGACGGUUAUAAGGGGUACUGGGCGCCUCCCCCGCGAGCCGGUCCGGCAGCACUUCAUGCGGCGAAUCUGUUGGCGAGAAGUAAAGCAUACCAUGAGCGUUUGAGGCUGCUUACUCGAGAAGCGAUCUCCCGUAAUGCGGCUGCGUGGACAGAUUCAAUUCCUUCGUCCGGAGAGUCGUACCAUGCGACAUCCCGGAGCCAGAUUGAAGGCCUGAACAAAUUAAGGAAAGAGGUGCGUGGUGCACCUCUUGAAACUGUUCCGCGCGAGCCUUGGAUCACAGCUUGCGCUUCAAAGCUGAAAUCUGGGAGGGAGAAUGGAAAGGACGAAAAGUACGGGUUCGCUGUGUAUCGGUUGACUUAUGGGCAGACGGAGUCUGAAUGGACAGAAUUCGUUCGCAAAGUGGAAGCCCAUGUUUCCGAUUGGGGCAAAGGCCAAACAGGAAGCAGUACUAUCAAGGAGCAUCUAAAGCUCCAUUGGCUGGAUGGGAAGGAAUUGGGUAUCUCAGAGGGCGGUGUCGAUGCAUCUAAGCAACACUUCAAGAGCAUAAAAGAUGACGACGACUGGUCAAACCUAGAAGAUGGGGCUUUCCUCGUCGUUGACUCCGCAUCCUUUGCCUCAUACACCACCAAUUCCUACAGUCCCGCGACAUCCCAGCUCAUCACCGGUGAUUUCUCCGGCUUCCUUCUCGCCGUUGACCCAGAUUUCGACCCACAGAAAGGCAUUACACGACCCAACGAGUCCCCAGGCUUCAACGGCCAGAUGCGAAUUCUCGGAAGCCUUGUAUGGAGCGAUCUCUAUUCCCUACUAGCAUCGCAGACAUCGGACCUCAAAGACUACUGGCCAUUAGCAAGUGGGCACCCGAACAUGGUAUAUGUCGGUCCAACGAUCCCAUGGCAGCGAUACAUCUGGCAGAAACACAGUGAGAUGCGCUGGGAACUCCUUCGUGCGGUGAUAGACCAUGUAAAACUCAACCCGGGAAUGCCAGUAACACCGCCCCAAGCUGAAGUUACGUCUGCAGUGACAUCUCCGCCUGUAGUUGAACCUACAGCCGCGCCAGAAACUGCUUCUUUGCCUUCGCCGACACCACCCGCAGAACAGGAUGCCGUGAAUGGCGCCCUCCGUACAUUCCUGCUCACGGAGUUUCAGCGCUAUUUGCGCCAUCAAGGUCAACCGCGGACAGCGGCCAUGGUCGACGAAUUGCUCCAUAUUCAGCCAGGUGAGGAGCCGGAUGCAGGGCGGCUGCGACAGUUGGUGGACGAUGAGGAGCGACGGCAGGAGCAGCGGAGGCAAGAUGGUUUGGGUGAGGAUGAGGAGACCUCGGGGGAGUAUCAGCCGGACUGCCCGUUGCAGUAA